CUGCGGAAGAAAUAGGAAAACCGCCAAAUCGAAGCGUGUUCGACGAAAUAAAUGCCAGUGCCACACCUUGGGCCGUCGCGCCGGCCUUGACCAUGACAACCUCGACGCUGACUCCGACGCAGAGGUAUGCAGCGGGCGCGCUCUUCGGCCUUGCCCUCCGCCAAGCGCAGAUUCAUCAAACACAUCUCCUCGGCUCCUCCUUUCCCGUCGAUGAAGAGGCCGAUGCCGCCGUCCCCGACCGUUCCAGCAGUUCAAGUAACAGUAGCAACUUUAGCAGCAGUGACACCGACAGCGAUUCACCGCAGCUCUGGACCCAUCCAUCCCGUGGCCUCCUUCGUCCGGUGUUUAGGUUUCUGGAGAUCGAUUCGAAGGCGUGGCCGGGGUUGGAGGAGACCGCUUCGUAUUCCGAUGCAAAGCAUCAUUUCUGGGCGUAUCUAAAGAUAAUGGUUGAAGAAGACAAUGGAAGAUCUUUGGAGAAGAGUGAACAAGAACUUGCUUUGGCUAAGUCUAUUGAUGCCAUGGUAAUGAGUUUGCAAACUGUUCAUCCUUCAGAAAGGACAACGACGGUGAGAUCUGAUGAGUCUUUUGAAUCUUCAGAACUUGCUAGCUCUAAGCUAUCAGCCAUAAGAGAGGAGGCAAUCAAACGGUAUAACAAUGCCAAUGAUAGAGGGUCUAGGCUGGCUGAUAAUUCAGUUAAUUAUCCUAGGAAAGUUACAAUUUUAUUCGAGCUAUUGUCUGCAUGCGUGGCUGAUUCACCUCAAGACUAUGAGAAAGCUUCAGUGCGGAGGAAGGGAUAUGAUGCCCGGCAUCGGAUUGCUCUAAGGCUCUUAGCAACAUGGCUUGAUAUCAAGUGGAUAAAAAUGGAAGCUAUGGAGAUAAUUGUUGCUUUCUCAGCAAUGGCUGCAAAUAAAGAACAACAGCAGUCACAAGAAAGUGAUUCAACAAAAAAUAAAUGGGCAAAAUGGAAGCGUGGUGGCAUCAUUGGUGCUGCUGCCUUGACUGGAGGAGCCUUGUUGGCCAUCACAGGAGGUUUAGCUGCUCCAGCAAUUGCUGCAGGCUUUGGCGCUCUGGCUCCCACAUUAGGAACUCUGGUUCCUGUUAUUGGAGCAGGUGGCUUUGCUGCGGUAGCUAGUGCUGCAGGAUCAGUUGCUGGUUCUGUAGCUGUUGCUGCUUCAUUUGGAGCUGCUGGAGCUGGACUUUCGGGAAGUAAAAUGGCCAGAAGAAUAGGAGAUAUUGAAGAAUUUGAGUUUAUACCUGUUGGAGGAAACCAUAAUCAGGGUCGUUUAGCAGUUGGUAUUGUGGUGUCUGGUUUUGUGUUCAAGGAAAGUGAUUUUGUUAGUCCAUGGGAGGCAUUUGAAGAUAACCUAGAGAGGUAUGCUCUUCAAUGGGAGUCCAAGAAUCUGGUUGCUGUUAGCACUGCUAUUCAGGAUUGGCUUACUUCAACCUUGACAAGGGAGCUGAUGAAAGGAGGUGCCAUGUUGACAGUUCUAAAUUCUCUUGUUAUUGCCUUAGCAUGGCCAGCUGCAUUACUUUCAGCUACUGAUUUUAUAGACAGCAAAUGGACAAUUGCCAUUGAUAGAUCAGACAAGGCUGGAAAGCUUCUUGCUGAAACAUUGAUUAAGGGACUACAGGGAAAUAGGCCAGUGACUCUCCUUGGUUUUUCAUUAGGAGCAAGGGUUAUAUUUAAGUGUUUACAACAUCUGGCUAAAUCUGGAGACAAUGAAGGACUAGUAGAAAGAGUCGUUCUCCUCGGGGCGCCGAUCGAACUAAAAGAUGAAGAAUGGGUUACUGCUAGAAAGAUGGUUGCUGGGAGAUUCAUAAAUAUAUAUUCCACAAAUGACUGGAUACUUGGAGUGACUUUUCGUGCAAGCCUGCUCACCCAAGGUUUGGCUGGCAUUCAAGCUGUUGAUCUUCCUGGAAUUGAGAAUGUUGAUGUUACUGGACUUAUUGAUGGUCACUCUUCAUAUUUGUCUACCGUUCCCAAAAUCCUAGAACAGCUUGAACUUGAUACAUACUAUAGUGCUUUUUCAUAUUCUCCUCAGCUAUCCGAGUAGGAAUGGAGUCCUUUAUUACUAUCAAACCCUUAGCAGAAGCAUUGUUCUUACUAUGUGCCUGUUUUUUUCAGUUCAGGAUGCUGCUGUUGGCAUAUUUUAUUCAUUUUGAUUUCUUAUUGUACAGAAACAUUAAAGGUUUUUUUUUAUUAUUUUUUAUAUUUUAAA